GUCUUCAGAAUCCCGCAUCCUUGUUUUUGUUCCUUACACUAGAAAUACUACCACUGACUCUUUUUUAUCUCAUUGUAAUGGUUCUACAUUUAAAUAUCGUGUCAGGACCAAUGCUUGGCUACAUCAUCUUUUGUCAGAUCCAUAUUAAUCUGCUGCAUAUUCACCCAAACAUAUGGAGGUUUUUUCUCACAAACUCGGGAAGAUAUUUGUUCAUCUGGAAUGUGUAUUUAUUGCUUCCUCUGGCUGGACUUUGGAACCUAAAUUUCUUGGCAAUGUUUGCCACUGGUCUCUGUUACAGCUGUUAUCUUAAUAAUCUCUCUACAAUUUUAAUGGAAUACCUGUCAGUACUAUACAUUUUUAUA